AUGUUGCAGAUUGGGCUGGAGCUCAGUCUCUUAAGCCUGAGCUGCAGUGUCUACACCAGCAGGUUUCCAGUUUCCAAACUCGAUGUCAUUUCCCAGCUGGAACGAGGGGAAGAGCCGUGGGCCCCAGAUCUCCAGGGCUCAGAGGAAAGAGAGAUCCUGAGAGGCAGUUGCAUGGGUGAGGGGAUGGUGAGAGAGACCAUGGAGCAGAAGCCUCAGCAGGAAGAGGAGCAAGUGAAAGCACGUGGGGUGUUGUUGCAAAGAUGCAAAGGGAGUGUGUCCAGGAGUUGUGAGCAGGGAAAAGGCUCUCAGGGGCAGCACAGGCCAGAAAAGCGGCAGGGAAACCAGCCAGUGCGGAAAGUUGGAAUAUCUGUAAAUUAUCGGGAAACUCACAAAGGCUUCAAGGAAGCCACGGCCCACCAGAGAAUCCUGACGGGAGAGAGAAAUAACACGGGCUUUGAGUGUGGGGAAAAGUUCAAGAGGCACUCACACCAUCAGAGAAUCUACGCUGGAGUGAGACCCCAUGAGUGCUGCGAGUGUGGGAGAACCUUCACUGAGCGCUCACGCCUUUUAAGCCAUCAGAGGAGCCACACAGGUGAGAAACCCUAUAAAUGCGGUGAGUGUGGGAGAACCUUUGCUCGGAGCUCAACCCUUAUUACACAUCAGAGGAGCCACACAGGAGAGAGACCCUACGAAUGCCAUGAGUGCAGGAAAACCUUCGCUCAGAGCUCACAUCUUAUUCGCCAUCAGAGGAUCCAUACAGGGGAGAAACCCUAUAAAUGCUGUCAGUGCGGGAAAACCUUUGCUCGGAGUUCACAGCUUACUACACAUCAGAGGAGCCACACAGGGGAGAAACCCUAUAAAUGCCGUGAGUGCGGGAGAACCUUUGCUCGGAGCACAACCCUUAUUAUACAUCAGAGGACCCACACAGGAGAGAAACCCUAUGAAUGCCAUGAGUGCGGGAAAACCUUUGCUCAGCUCUCAGGCCUUAUUACACAUGAGAGAAUCCACACAGGGGAGAAACCCUAUAAAUGCCAUGAGUGCGGGAAAACCUAUGCUCACUCCUCACACCUUGUUACACAUCAGAGAAUCCACACAGGGGAGAAACCCUACGAAUGCUGUGAGUGCGGGAAAACCUUCGCUCGGACCUCACACCUUACUGCACAUCAGAGGAGCCAUACAGGAGAGAAGCCCUAUAAAUGCCCUGAGUGCGGGAAAACCUUCACUCAGAGAUGUGGCCUUAUUACACAUCAGAGGAGGCAUACAGGAGAGAGAGCCUAUAAAUGCCGUGAGUGUGGGAAAACCUUUGCUCAGUGGUCAGGCCUUAUUACUCAUCAGAGGAAUCACACAGGAGAGAAACCCUAUGAAUGCUGUGAGUGCGGGAAAACCUUCCCUUGGAGCUCAUACCUUAUUGCACAUGAGAGGAUCCACACUGGAGAGAAACCCUACGAAUGCCGUGAGUGCGGGAAAACCUUCACUUGGAGCUCACACCUUACUAGACAUCAGAGGAGCCACACAGGAGAGAAACCCUAUAAAUGCCGUGAGUGUGGGAAAACCUUUGAUCAGAGCUCACACCUUACUAUACAUCAGAGGAGCCACACUGGAGAGAAACCUUAUGAAUGCCGUGAGUGUGGAAAAACCUUUGCUCAGAGCUCAACCCUUAUUACACGUCAGAGGAACCACACUGGAGAGAAAACCCUAUAAAUGCUGUGUGUGGGGGAAAUUCUUCCAUCACAACUCUUCUCUUAUUUAUCACCAGAGAAACUGCAAGGGAGAUAAACACCAUGAAAAUCUUGUCUGGGUCUCAAAAGAUUUUUUUUUCCUUUUGCAAAUUCCCAAGUAGUGAACUUUAAGGCAGCAUUUAUGGUGUCUCUGCUCCUUCACGUGAGUUGCCGGCUUUUCCCUUUUACAGCUCAUCCUUCCUUGGAGUGAAGCCCACAGUGUUUUUCAUCAACUCCUUUGUUCUGCGUCAUGGAAGUGUGCAUCCCUCGAGGGAUGUCCAUCAGCCCCAGGUGGGGGAACCAGGAGUGACCUUUACUAGGUACAUGGAGGUUAAAUCUACCUGGGCCUUGACCUCACUAGAGUUUUCCAUGGAGUUAGCUAGACUGAAUUAGGGAUCCUGAUAUAAAAACACAACUGUUUUUUUUCAGUGAAGAAAAUAGCCUAUAUAGCGGCCAGGGUAACGUAGCAAAUUUCCUCACCACUGGACACA